AUGGAAAAUUUGGAGCAGAAGAUCCCAGAGAAUCCUUCAGUCACCUCCAGAAAUGAUACACAAUGUAUCGUUACUGGAAAGUUCCUAACCUUACCCCAAGUGAAAGCUAAGAAUAAUUACCCGGACACAGAAGUGAGAGUAACGGUUGCAGGAAUCUAUCUUGGAUAUGAUCUGAUCAGCAGACAGUUCAAAGCGUUGUGUAUGACUUCGUCAGUUGAUGAAUUUGAUGGAAGACCCAAUACUCAUCAUGUUUUAACAUUGGAGUCUGGAGAACGUUUGUGGAGAAGGAUCGAAUGCAAACUCCCUUUUAUACAUACUAGUAGAAUGCGUGGUGAAGUAUGCAUAAGUGGUGUUUCGUAUUUCGGAUAUGAGAUGAGACCUCUCGUGAUUGUUUACUUCGACGUUAGGACGGAGAAGCUCGGCUUUAUUAACAUAUAUAAAGACAUGAAAGGAGAGGGUAAUUCUUAUACUUGUGGUGAAUUGAAGUUGUUCAACUACAAAGGUAAACUAGGUAUACUUCAGAAAAGUUCAGAUUGGCAUUGGAAUAGAGACAGAGAUCCACUUGUGUUGUGGGUUCUAGAAGAUGCUGGAAAUCAUAAAUGGUCCAAGCAUACCUACGAAUUGCCUAGUGUAAUUAGAAGGGAGCAGUUUGUUGGACUGGCUGCUACAGGUGAAAUCGUGUUGUAG